GAUACGUAUCCCUGAAAGCCAUCUCACCGGUCUUGGAUUCACUCCUCCUUCCUUCCAAAACUUGUUUGCAUUGAUUCAUUUCCUUUUUGUUUUCUUCGUCUGUUUCUUUUCCGUUUAUCUCUAUAAAUUCGCAUCCGAAUCCCCUUCAGUCUUCUCUUUUGUUAAAAAAACAAACAAACAGGAAAGGCAUUAGAUUAACAAGGUCAACAGAAAAGAGAAUCAACCAUGCCUCGGCCACGGCUUAAUGCUUUCGACUCAAGUGAACCACUUCUCCGAACUACCAAUGCUGCCAACGCAGCACGUAGACAUAUCACGGGAUUCUGGGAGGGAUUUGUCGAUUUUGCUUUCAAUGAUAAUGUGCUUCACGUUGCCAUUGGUUUGAUAAUAGCGCAAUCCUUCACAGCUCUUAUAACCUCACUUGUCUCUUCCGUUCUCCUUCCACCGCUCUCUCUCCUCCCUUUCCUGAACAAGAACCUUGAAGAGAAAUUUGCGGUUCUAAGGCCCGGUCCUCAUUAUGAUGGUAUGCUUCACAACCACACUGAGAUCAGUGAUGGAGUGGAGGGAAACGUGACUAUGGCUGUAAACCUGGGAAUGGAAUUUUUGUAUGGAGCGGGGUAUAAUACGUUGAAGCAGGCAAUAGAUGAUGGGGCCAUUGUUCUGGCUUGGGGCUCCUUCCUAAACAAAGUGAUAAACUUCAUAGGCGUUGGUCUUGCUCUUUACGGUAUAGCAGGUCUCUACCAAUAUUUUAGUCAAGACAACGCGAUCAUUAAGCACACCGUCCGUUGUAAAUAUUGUCGCAAGAAGAUUUUUGAGAAGGCACAACGCUGCGUGUUCUGCACCUCCUGGCAGGAUGGCCGCGAAGAUCUUCGUCCCGCUGCAGCUACUAUCGGAUGAUUUCUCUUCAUGAAUUUUUCUCUUCCUCUUAAUUCCUCUAUUUUGCUCUUAUUAGCUGCCCUCUCCUGCUUUUUCUCCAACUUCCACUCAACCUGCAUACACCAUAUUUACAGCUAACUAUACGACUAUACGACCACACGACCAACGAUUUUACACCCACAUAAACUGCAUCCGCCAAUGAGAUCAAUGCAUUACAUCAACAAUACAAUUAAGAUCAAGAUCAAAAACAAAAACAAAACAAAAGAACAGCCAACGACCAAUACAAAAUAGAAGCAAAGCAUUGCUUUGUAAUCUUACAUGUGUAUAGAUAUACCUACAUACAUGGCCACAUAGCUACACACACACACACAAUACAUACCAAGUCGAAGCGAGGAGUUCAGGAAGAUAGAUUGACCACAACCACAAAUCCCGGUGUUAAGAGAAGGUUUUUCCUAGGAGAGAGGGCGUUCUUGAAUUUGAAUUUGAAUCUGCAUUUUUCUUUGGGUUUCUGGAGCUUGGAGUUUGAAUUCGAAUUUGGCCUCUGAGAUUCUGUUUGGCUAGAUUUCUCUUGACUUGACCGUCAAUAUGUUCGUUCAUUCGUUCAUUCACACUUCAUUCAUAGCGAGGAGUUUUAGCUUUCUGUUUGAUCCUUCAUUUGGGAAUUGUACUUUUGAGAUUGGAUGGAAGAGUAAGAGAAGAUGUACAAAGAAUGAUGAUAGAAAGUUUUAUAUUCUAGUUUCGAGUUCAGGAUGACACAGUUCUGGGAAUAAAUUGUCGUGGCA